AUGCUUGCUUCUCUACCAUUUUAUCCAUCAUAUGCAGCUAAUAUUCUUUGUUAUCAAUAUAAUAGUUUAGCUAAAUCAAAUGAAAUAGCUCAAAUCUUUGGUGAUAAUCGAUUCAUUUGUCUAGAUGUUUUAUAUUUAACUGUUCGAAUGAAGGUUAAUUUUACUCAAGAAAAUGCAAGUAUGAUUGAUCUUAGUCAUCUUAUUGUAGAACAUAUGUUAAAUGAAUGA